CUGCCCCGAAGAGGACAGAACUGGGAGCUUGUGUCAUAACCUGCAGUCCAUUCGAGGGUGUUCUUGGGCUACCUGGCUGUCCUGAAGGAUACCAGUGCAGAUCCAAUGGUUGUGGUCGUACCUGUCAGCUCGGUGAGUUACCUAUUUGUCCACUGGCCCGUCGCCAGAGAUGUGCCCCAGUCUUGUGUAGGAUCAAGUGUCCCAAUGGGUUUGCUCUGGACGAAAACGACUGUGAAAUUUGCAAAUGCAUAGAUCACUAA